AUGCUGCUCUUCACCCUCCUCCUGUCCUUAACCAUACCCACCACUACGAUCGCCAUCCCCCAAUCCUCCUCCCUAAUUGCAUCCCCAAUCCCAUCCCUAACACCAUCCCUAACACCAUCCCCAACCUGCCGCUGCCACCCCCACCUCCCCUGCUGGCCGUCCCCCUCCGAAUGGACGCUCCUCAACGCCACCCUAAACGGCAAACUCAUCUCGACCACUCCCCUCGCCAGCAUCUGCCACACCACCCCCAACCACCCCCCCUACAACGCCUCCGCCUGCCAGACCCUUCGCGCCGACUGGCCGCUGCCCAAAACGCACUACACCUCCCCCUCCUCCCCCAUGGCGCCCUGGUUCAACACGGAAACCUGCAACCCGUUCCUCCCCCCAGACGCCCCCUGCACGCUCGGCGCGCUCCCAGCCUACGUCGUCAACGCCACCUGCGCCGACGACUACAUCCAGACCAUCAACUUCGCCAGAACGCAUAACCUGCGUCUGGUGAUCAGAAACACCGGACAUGAUUAUCUGGGGAAGUCGACGGGGAGUGGGGCGUUGGCGCUGUGGACGCAUCAUCUCAAGGAUAUGCGGGUUAUUCGGAACUAUACCAGCAAGGUUGAUCUCUACACCGGCCCCGCCAUACAAUUCGGCGCGGGCAUCCAAGUCCACGAAGCCCUCACAUUCGCCCACCACGCCAGCCCUACCCCGUUCACCCUGGUGGCGGGGAACUGCCAAUCCGUCGGCCUGGCAGGCGGAUACACCCAAGGCGGGGGUCACGGGCAGCUCGCAUCCAUGUACGGGCUCGCUGCGGACCAGGUGCUCGAGUGGGAGGUUGUCACUGCCUCUGGGACACUUCUCACUGCCUCACGAACCGAAAAUGAGGAUCUGUACUGGGCGCUCUGCGGUGGCGGGGGCGGUGUGUUCGGCGCCGUGGUCUCCAUGACUAGCAAGGUGUAUCCGGAUGGGGGUGUCGUCACGGCGAAUUUGACGUUUCGGGCGGACGGGGGGGUGCCCGGGGAGGUGUUUUGGGGGGUGGUGGAGAGGCUGGUGAGUGGGUUUGCGGCGGUGGGGGAUGUGGGGGGCGCGGCGAUUUGGAUGCUCCAGGGGGGGGAGUUUGGGGUGACGCCGGUGACGGUGCCGGGGAGUUGGGGGCAGUGGAAUGUUACUUAUUCAUACCACAUCUCCCCCUUCCCAACCUUCUACUCCAGCUACACGACCAUGAACCCACUCAGCAACGUCACGGAAUCGCAAAUCGGAGGCCGACUGAUCCCGCGAUCAACAGUCAAUUCCAAAAUGCGCGACCUGAUGCGCGCAUUCAAGCAAAUAGCCGGCUACGGGGCGGCCAUCUCAGGCGUAUCGCUGAAUGUCUCCCGACAUGCGAUCCCUGAUAACGCGGUCAAUCCGGCGUGGAGGGAGAGUGCCAUUGAUAUUGUUUUGGGGUUACCAUACAACUUCACCAACCGCGCCCUCGACGCCGCAAACCAACAACUCAUGACGGACGUCCUCCUCCCCUUCCUCGAAGCCAUCACCCCCGACAGCGGGGCGUAUCUCAACGAAGCGGACAUCCACCAGCCGGACUGGCAGGGGGUGUUUUACGGGGAGAGUUACGAGCGGUUGUUGGCGGUAAAGCGCAAGUGGGAUCCCGAGGGGCUGUUUUAUGCGAAGACGGGCGUGGGGAGUGAGUGGUGGGAAGAACGGGAGGGGGGGAGGUUGUGUUGGGUUGGGAUGGUGGGGAUUUGA